GAGAGAGAGAGAGAGCGACAUAGGGGGCAAGAGCGCAGCGGCGCAGGAGGGCUCAGACGCGCAGAGAGGAGCGCACAGGAGAGAGAGAGGGAUCCAUCCAUCCAUCCGUCAGCCAGCUGGAGGGAGCCUCGAACAAGCCCCUAUGGCUGCCUGAGAAUUAACCGCACGACCCCCUUUUCCCCUUUCUCUGUCUGGGACUUUCGCCCCUUUUUCUAGUGUGUCCUCACCACGAGUCGCUGUGAGUCCAAUUAGUCGCUCCAAGUUGAAAAGUGAAUCCACUCGGCGUGGACGCGUCUCUGGCGGUCAUGGAUACCCAUAUAAGAUGGAAAGUUAAACGGAGGAUAAGGGACGCCCAAAUCACUUUAGCAGUGAUUUUGCUUUUUGUCAUAACGCAAGCAAGUUCAGUGGAACCAACAGACCUCUUGAAGAUUUUAGAUUUUCACAGUUUACCUGACAGUGUUACAAGAACAACGGGUUUCUGCUCACAUAGGAGGUCAUCACAAGGACCUGAUGCCGCUUACAGAGUAUCCAAAGAUGCCCAGCUCAGCGCCCCCACGAAACAGCUGUACCCAGGUGAUGCGUUUCCAGAGGACUUUUCCAUCAUGGCUACAGUGAAGCCAAAGAAGGGCAGCCAGUCCUUCCUGUUGUCCGUCUACAAUGAACAAGGCAUCCAGCAGCUUGGAGUGGAAGUGGGUCGCUCCCCCGUGUUCCUGUAUGAGGACCACACAGGCAAACCCAGCCCAGAGGACUACCCCCUCUUCAGAGGAAUCAACCUAGCUGACGGAAAGUGGCAUCGAGUGGCCAUCAGUGUACACAAGCAGACCGUUACCCUCAUUUUGGACUGUAAAAAGAAGAACAGCCAGAAGCUGCUCCGAAGCCCCCGACCCAUCGUUGACACCAAAGGAAUUAUAGUAUUUGGAACUAGAAUACUUGAUGAAGAAGUGUUUGAGGGAGACAUCCAGCAGCUAAUGAUUGUAGCAGACCAUCGUGCUGCCUAUGACUACUGUGAGCACUACAGUCCAGACUGCGAAGUGCCAGUGCCCGACCAGCCUCAGAACCAGGAUCCCAACAUAGAUAACACUGAAACAGAAGAUAGCUACUAUUAUGAAUACCCUUACUAUGGUGAGACGGACGGCAAGCCUUAUGAGGAUACAACAGUAGAAGAAGUCACGGGGACGGGUGGAGACACUGUGGUAUCUACAGUGAGGGAAGUUGAUGCAAAUGUCGAUGGUGGAACUGGUGACAACGAUGGUAAGAUUUCAACCUCCAUCUCCAGUCACUCAGCAUCAGGCUCCUCAUUUGGCUCAUCCAGCAGCACCUCAACAAAUGUAACGGACACGGGUGAAUAUUUUGAAUAUGGAGACAAUACAAACCCCGAUGAGAGUUACAACUACCCAGACAGCUACCAGUACAGCUAUUAUGAGUCGUCACCAACACCUGACAUAGCCACCAGUGUUGGCACUGAGGGUAAGCUGGACCUGGGGGCAGGUUCAAAUAUUGACUUAUCUGCAGCAGCUGAAACUGAAAGGAAGGUCAUCACCACUGGAGGAGGAGACACAACAACCAUCCUCAACAAAACAGCAGUAGAAACCCAGUAUUAUGACUAUGGCGAUGGCUACAGUUAUGGAGUGGACCACGAUGACAUUACAACUGGAGGUGGUAGCAGCAGCAGAACAACUCACAUCAGCGUUGGCGGUGGCGGUGGCGCUGGCGGUGGUGGCAGCAGUACAGUUCACAUCGGUGUUGAUGGUGGUGGUAUCAGCAGAACAGGUGACAUCAGUGGUGGUGGUAGGGGUAGUACUAUUGACAUCACUGGUGGUGGUGGCGGCGGCGGCGGCAGCAGAAGCAGCAGUAAUUCUACCAACACCAUUGGUGGCGGGUCUACUGGAGGAGGUUCUGUGUUUGUCGGAGGUGGUUCUGUAUCUGUUGGAGGAGGUUCUGUGUCUGUGGGUGGGUCUUCCACUGGUGGAGGUGGCUCAGCCAGUGCUGGGACGGGCGCUGGAGGAUCUAUUGCCACCGGAACCAACCUUGGUGUAGAUGGCGACGGGGACUACACUAAUCUGACUGGGUUCAAGGAGGAGGACCUCACACACUAUGAUGACAUAGACAAAGACAUCUACGAUGGCUACGAUGACCUGGAUUAUGGCGACAAAGGAGACAAAUUGCUGCCUGCUGAGAGAGAUGAAUACUAUGGACAGGUUGAUGGAGCUCACGGCGAGAAGGGCCAGAAGGGAGAACCGGCUGUUAUUGAGCCUGGCAUGUUGGUGGAGGGUCCAGCUGGGCCUGAAGGGCCAACAGGUCUCCCUGGACCCCCAGGUGCGUCUGGCCCACCUGGUAGCCCUGGAGAACCUGGAGAGAGGGGUCCUACGGGUCGUCCUGGUCUUCCUGGUGCAGAUGGUCUGCCAGGACCUGCAGGAACUGUCCUGAUGCUGCCUUUCAGAUUCAGUGCUGGAGGUGAUGCCGGACAGAAGGGACCUGCUGUGUCAGCACAGGAAGCCCAGAUGCAAGCCAUCAUGCAGCAGGCCAGGCUGGCUAUGCGCGGUCCAACCGGUCCAAUGGGUUUAACUGGCAGGCCUGGCCCUCUGGGUCCUCCUGGUAUAUCAGGAUUGAAGGGAGAGUCUGGAGAGCCGGGUCCUCAGGGUCCACGCGGACCUAUGGGAUCCCUUGGACCAAUUGGAAAGCCUGGAAGAAGGGGGCGCCCUGGAGCCGACGGCGCCAGAGGCAUGCCGGGACAGUCUGGACCCAAGGGCGACCGAGGGUUUGACGGUCUGGCUGGUAUUCCUGGAGAAAAAGGGCACAGAGGUGAACCGGGCCCUAUGGGACCACCUGGUGCCCCUGGGGAGGAUGGAGAGAGGGGAGAUGACGGAGAGAUUGGACCCAGGGGACUUCCUGGUGAACCGGGGCCCCGUGGUUUAUUGGGACCAAAAGGACCUCAGGGACCUCCCGGACCCCCUGGUGUUACUGGAAUGGAUGGCCACCCUGGACCAAAGGGAAACAUAGGACCUCAAGGAGAGCCCGGUCCUCCCGGACAACAGGGAAACCCUGGAGCCCAGGGACUGCCAGGGCCCCAAGGAGCUAUCGGACCUCCAGGAGACAAGGGUCCGAAUGGAAAGCCAGGCCUACCAGGAAUGCCCGGAGCUGACGGUCCGCCGGGUCACCCUGGGAAGGAGGGCCCUCCUGGAGAGAAAGGACACUUGGGGCCCGCUGGCCCUCAAGGACCCAUUGGUUAUCCAGGGCCAAGAGGAGUGAAGGGAGCUGAUGGUGUUCGCGGUUUGAAAGGAAACAAGGGUGAAAAGGGAGAAGAUGGAUUCCCCGGUUUCAAAGGAGAUAUGGGUAUCAAGGGUGACAGGGGAGAGCUUGGACCAGCUGGACCUCGAGGAGAAGAUGGUCCAGAAGGGCCCAAAGGCCGCUCAGGUCUCCCAGGAGAUGCUGGUCCUCUUGGCCCAUCUGGCGAGAAAGGUAAACUUGGUGUUCCAGGGUUGCCUGGAUAUCCAGGAAGACAAGGACCAAAGGGAUCUCAGGGUUUCCAAGGCUUCCCAGGUGCCAACGGAGAGAAAGGAACACGGGGAACAGCGGGAAAACCCGGCCCACGUGGACAAAGAGGACCAACGGGCCCACGUGGAGAGAGAGGGCCAAGAGGACCCACAGGAAAAGCUGGACCAAAGGGUAACUCAGGAAAUGACGGCCCACCCGGUCCGCCCGGUGAGAGGGGUCUGCCAGGAGCUCAGGGACCAACAGGUUUUCCAGGACCAAAAGGUCCUCCUGGACCUGCGGGGAAAGAUGGACUUCCUGGACAUCCUGGGCAGAGAGGAGAGACUGGCUUUCAAGGCAAGACUGGACCUCCAGGUCCACCAGGUGUAGUUGGACCUCAGGGACCCACAGGUGAGACUGGACCAAUGGGAGAUCGGGGCCACCCUGGACCACCAGGACCUCCUGGAGAGCAGGGUUUACCAGGAGCAGCAGGGAAAGAAGGAGCCAAGGGAGAUCCAGGCCCUGCUGGCCCAGCAGGUAAGGAUGGCCCUCCUGGGCCAAGAGGUUUCUCCGGAGAGCGAGGUCUGCCCGGUGCUGUGGGGGCUCACGGUCUGAAAGGCAACGAAGGUCCUCACGGCCCACCUGGUCCCGCUGGUUCGCCUGGUGAGCGUGGUCCUGCCGGUCCAGCUGGACCUACAGGUCUUCCAGGACGGCCUGGCCCCCAGGGACCUCCAGGCCCUGCUGGAGAGAAAGGUGGACCGGGAGAGAAAGGACCUCAAGGACCAGCUGGAAGAGAUGGCAUUCAAGGGCCUGUUGGUCUGCCAGGUCCUGGAGGCCCUCCUGGACCACCUGGAGAGGAUGGAGACAAGGGAGAAAUCGGGGAGCCGGGCCAGAAGGGAAGCAAAGGUGACAAAGGAGAGCACGGUCCCCCCGGUCCUACUGGCCCUCAAGGACCUGUCGGAGCACCUGGUCCUGCUGGAGCAGAUGGCGAGCCUGGUCCAAGAGGUCAGCAGGGUCUGUUUGGCCAGAAGGGAGACGAAGGAGCUAGAGGAUUCCCUGGACCACCAGGUCCUGUUGGGCUACAGGGAUUACCUGGACCACCUGGUGAGAAAGGCGAAACUGGAGACGUUGGUCAAAUGGGUCCACCUGGCCCACCUGGGCCCAGAGGCCCCUCAGGACCCCCAGGAGCUGAUGGCCCUCAGGGUCCUCCUGGAGGUAUCGGAAACCCCGGUGCUGUUGGAGAAAAAGGAGAUGCUGGUGAAACAGGAGAGCCAGGUCUUCAGGGAGAAGUUGGCCCACCAGGUCCAAGAGGAGAGCGAGGAGAGAAAGGAGAAGCUGGUCCAGCUGGUGCUGCUGGGCCUCCUGGACCUAAAGGUCCCCCUGGAGAUGAUGGUCCCAAAGGCAGUCCUGGCCCAAGUGGAUUCCCUGGCGAUCCUGGACCCCCUGGAGAGCCUGGUCCAGCUGGGUUAGACGGGCCAACUGGUGACAAAGGAGAUGAUGGAGAGCCUGGUCAGCCUGGUUCCCCUGGACCCACUGGAGAGUCUGGUCCCUCCGGACCACCAGGAAAGAGAGGACCCCCUGGACCAGCAGGACCUGAAGGAAGACAAGGAGAGAAAGGAGCUAAGGGAGAGUCUGGCUUAGAAGGUCCCCAGGGAAAGACAGGCCCUGUUGGUCCUCAAGGAUCUCCUGGCAAGCCCGGUUCGGAAGGCCUCAGGGGUAUUCCUGGCCCCGUUGGAGAACAAGGUCUACCUGGUCCUCCAGGCCCAGAUGGACCUCCAGGACCUAUGGGCCCUCCAGGUUUACCAGGCUUGAAAGGAGACUCUGGUGUCAAAGGAGAAAAGGGUCAUCCAGGUCUCAUUGGUCUUAUCGGACCUCCAGGUGAACAGGGUGAAAAAGGUGACAGAGGUCUUCCUGGUCCUCCAGGAUCACAUGGUCCGAAGGGAGACAAUGGUAUUGCUGGUCCCUCAGGUCCACUUGGUCCCAUUGGUCCACCAGGAUUACCUGGUCCUCCUGGUCCCAAAGGGGCUAAAGGGUCAUCGGGUCAAACUGGACCAAAAGGAGAGACUGGUAUACCUGGACCUCCUGGCCCACCUGGUCCUCCUGGUGAUGUCAUUCACCCACUUCCCAUCCAAGCUCCUAUUAAGGGCAGAACGCGUAGGAACAUUGAUGCCAGCCAGGUAAUGGAUGAUGCCCCAAUGGAUGCUAACUACAAAGACUAUGAUGACGGGAUGGAAGAAAUCUUUGGCUCACUCAACUCCCUCAAACUCGAGAUCGAGCAGAUGAAACAUCCACUUGGCACGCAGGGCAACCCUGCUCGCACCUGCAAGGACCUUCAGCUUUGCCACCCAGAUUUCCCUGAUGGUGAGUACUGGAUUGAUCCCAACCAGGGCUGCUCUCGGGACUCCUUCAAGGUUUACUGCAACUUCACAGCAGGUGGCGAGAGCUGCAUCUUCCCAGACAAGAAAUCAGAAGGGAGCAAAAUGGCAAAAUGGCCGAAAGACUCGCCAGGCACAUGGUAUAGUCACUACAAGAGAGGUUCCCUGCUCUCCUACGUGGACGCAGAGGGAAACCCCAUCGGCGUGGUCCAGAUGACUUUCUUGCGGUUGCUGAGUGCUGCGGCGCGCCAGAACAUGACCUACAACUGCUACCAGUCAGUGGCCUGGCAUGACCAGGCCCAGGACAACUACGACAAGGCCAUCCGCUUCCUGGGCUCCAACGAUGAGGAGAUGUCGUACGAUAACAACCCGUACAUCCGUGCCUUGGUUGAUGGUUGUGCGUUGAAAAAGGGCUAUGAAAAGACAGUACUUGAGAUCAACACACCAAAGGUGGAACAGGUGCCAUUUGUGGACAUCAUGUUCAACGAUUUCGGCGGUCCCACACAGAAGUUUGGAUUUGAAGUGGGCCCUGUCUGUUUCAUUGGCUAAGACUCUUUUUAUUUUGUUAUUUUUUUUUAAUAAAUGGAGAAAAAAAAUGCAUAUUUUUGUUUUCCAGGAAAAAAAAAAGAAAAGAAAUAGGACAUUUUAUUUGUAAAAAUUUUUUUAAAGUAUCUUUUAUUCCAUAAAGCAGCAAGUAUGAGUGAAAUGAAAUCAAAUCAAUCGGAAUAGAGGAAAUCGAAACAAGAGCAACCUUGAAACCUCAGUGUGCCUUCUCCAUCACAUGCAGGUUUUGAAACUGGAUGUCGUAUCCGACACUUGCACACAUUACGACCUUAGCCCCGCCCGCCAUCCACUCUUCAUCGCACCCAGUUUCGACCUGUUUGGUUCCAAAAAUGACAAAGGCAUCCCUGAGAGCCUCGCCCGUUUCAGACGGGAGCAGCAUUUUUUUUGUGGACUCCUCCUGAUUUGGCUUUUCUCCUCCUUGCCUUUCUCCGCUCCUCUUUUCUUGGUUUGUUUGCUCACUACAGGAAGUUCGUUUGUGCAUAAUUGUCUCCCCAUUCUCUCAGAAUGGACCUUAUAUAUAAAUAUAUAUAAAUAUUUUUUUUAUGCUUGUAAGUAUGUUCUGUAUAUGUUUUCCUGGUAAUGUUUAUUGCUUCUGGCUUCAAAACGUGCAUGUGACUUUAAUCAAUGGUGAAGUCGGAGAGGACGGAUACGGGGGGUGGGGGGGACUUCGGAAUUCAGCAAACGUAAAGUGUGUAAUUCGACUUGUGAAUGCAAAACAAGAAAAACAAAAUGUGGAAAGUGCUGUCUUGUUGCAGUUGUGCAGCCCACCUUGUUGUAAUUUAAGCACAGAAUGGAAAUAAAAAAACAAGCAAGCCAACAAAAAAAAAGAUCCUGUGAUAUUAUGUGAUGGUUGAUUUGCAAAAAGAACAAAAAGGAAAACAUUCCUUCACUUGUGCCUUAUGUGAAAGUGUGUUUUAGUGACGACUUCCUAAAUUAAUAAAAUAAAAAUCAACUUUUUUUCCCCUCCCCUCACGUGCUCAUUUGUCCAACUAUGCAACAAGAGGUGAUGUCACAUUUUAAUGAAAACACUAAUCCAAAUAGAGGUGCUAUUUUCUCUCUUCUGUGGUGCUAUGUAUUUGUCUAGUUUGUGUUGUUUGACUGAAAAGAAGUUUGUGGUGAUGAAAUUCCAUCAAAGUUUGGCCCCUUGACCCUUUUAAUCCAUCACAUCUACUGCAUCCGAUUUUUAUUAUUUUUUUUUUUUAAUAUUCAGUGGUGGAGUUUGCAUGACAUUUUGUCCACUCUGUUCAGUUCAGCAACACCGCUUGCAUUAUCUUCUACUCCAGCAGAUUGCAAACACGCAUGCUUCCCGAAUCUCGGAAUAAAGCGGAGGACACUAAGACGGCGCUUGCUGUUGGUUUUGCGUACGUUUGCUCCAAAGUGCAAGGCUUUCAUAUUCAGCUUUAAGUAUCACGGUGGAAUGUGGAAUGUAUUUUUGUUGUUUUGUUGGGGAACAACUCGAUUUAAAAUGUUUUGCAAUACAAAAAUUAAAAUUUUAAUUUUAAAAAAAAUUCUUGUUUGCUGAUGCAGAACCAAAGUGACUUUUUUUCUACUUUUUGUAAUUACGCUCUUUGUUCAAACUAUGCACUCUAUGCUUAUGACCACUAGUAUCUAUACUUACAUUUUACAGCCCUUCAUACAAAUAGGUUGGUUUUAUUUUGUUUCCAGUUAUAAAAAAAAAAAAGAAUCUUCAAAUAUGUGACUUGAACAUUUUGUGUGUUUUUUUUUUUUUUUUAAAUAACCUCAAUAUGCUUGUUGAUCUCUGGCUUUAUUUUUCCAUCGUGAUGCAGUUCACCCAAAUUACUUAAAAAAAUAAUAAUAAUGAUAAUUUGCUCUCAAUAAAAGUACAAACAAUUUAUUUGUUUUUUUUUUUUUGUAAAUUUUUAGAACCAGCAGUGAUGCUGCCAUUUGUAUUUGUUUCAUAUUGUAGAUUUCUAUUUGUCUGUCUAAAUGUCUGUUUCACGGUCUCGUCAAACCUGUGUAAGGAAAAGAGGAUAGAAGAUAUAUUGGUUUUUGUGUCAAUAAAUUCAAGUUUACUGUGGCCAUCCACUUUUGUAUGUCUUUUGAAGCAUUAAAACCUAUCUGUAUGCAUGAAAUUGUAAAGUUUUUUCUCUUGUUGCAUUGUAGAAUGACAUGAUCUCCGUUCCACGUUUUUAUUCAUCGGGAUACAUCGGGUUUUUAUUUUCUAUUUUUUAAUGCUACAGAUGAAUAAAAGGGUCAUGUCCGCUAUUGUGAAGUGGAGAAAAAGUGAUGAACUUGUAACUCUA